CUCCGGUUCCUGCAACACAUCAAAAGUAUGGGUAGACAAACUAUGUUGACUUUACGAAGCUAACGGCCUGUCCCCUCGUUGAAUGAUUGCAUCAAGAUAUCCCCCUUCAGCGAGACGACUUUUUUCUUUUUUUUUCCUCGUCGAGUAGCAUUCCAACUUCCGCAAUUAGACAACCGCAUUUUAUUUUUAGACUCCGAUAGUAACGUCUGCUAUUCUCCCACUAACGUGGAAGCUGCGUGCAGCUGCAGCGUGCAACAUAGUUGCGUUUGUCCGACACGAUUUUGGCAAUAGGCGAAAAUGUCGAAUGGUUUAAAUGGACACAUCUUAAGGAUCCCUGUACUCGGACGAAACUUUACUUUGGGAACUCUUUACGACGCUCGCAAUGACAUUGCUGUGCCAGGCAGUAACAGCGUGUGCAGCGAAGACGCUUUAGGAGCAUUUAAAACUAGCUGCAACGAGAGCGUCGAUUAUUCCCUGAUUCCCUCCGAUAAACUGAGCGAAAAAUUAGACGAUGUCGGUGUGAAAGGUUUGCUUCAAAUCAGCAUCUUGGCGGAGCGAAUCGAACUGCAAGGAUCGUUGCAGUAUCUGAAAAAGAAACGAAGCGAAUUCCACGAAUCCAGCGUACACGUUAGAUGUCACUACCGCACGGCUACCAAGGAAUUUACUAGCGGCCAAUUAGACGAGGCCAAGAUACGUUAUCUCCAAGUUGCACCGACAGGCUCUACGGCAACGCACGUCAUCACCAAAAUACAGUACGGUGCCGAAGCUACUUUUACUUUAACAAAAGGACUCGACGAAACAGAAGACGAGCACGAAGCGAAUAGCCUAUUAAAAGCCUGUGCCAAAAACUUGAUUGCAAUUCUGCGCGGAAGGGCGGAUGAUGAAGAAUGCCUCGACUCAAUUACGGGAACUAACGUAGAAUGUCGAUUGGAAGGCGAUUUCUUGCUUCCGAUAACAUUCGCCACGUACGAAGAAGCCAAGACAUUCGCCAAAAACUUUGCACGCGUAUUAUCGAAUGCAAUUAAGGAUGCGGGCGUUGGAAACGAGCCUCCUCUCGGCACGCCUUGCACCGCGUGGCUCUACCCAUUGGUGCACGGCGCCGAAAAUGCACUUCAGAAUGAAACGGGCGACGAUGUCGUACUGGAAUGCGUUCAACAGAUAGAAAACUACGACGAAGCGGAAGCCAAACUCGAUUACUUGCUCAACGACACCCUAGCGAAAAAGUUGAACCCGUUUCACGAAAAGCUACGACACUUUCAGCGACAUUUGAUUUUAUUCCGCACCAAUCACAAAACUGAAUUGAAAGAUAUGGCAGUGAAUUUACGUAGCGGACUCGUCAAAAUCGACAAUUUAAAGCAACUGGUGCAGCGCAUCAAUAACGAGCAAUUCGCUUUUAACCGACUUAUCCGUUGGCUGGAGGAAAAAUUCAAGGAGCUCUGCACGAUGAGGAAGUACCAAGAGCAGAUCCAUCAGCUCACUCUUUCCGCUAACGUCCUACUCUUUCCCUCUGCUGAAACGUUACAAGAGCACAUGAUGAAAUGCCCAGUUAACUUUGGUUUCGAACUCGCUUUCACUUCCUUAGCGUACCCUGAACGUUUUCUAGAACUCGUGACGACUCGAACGCUGUUGGAUGUUCUUCCAUCAGCCGAAGAUGGCGACAGAGAGCGCUGGUAUGAAAACGGCGAGAUCGUCAAACGGAUUGAAAAGGAGAUUAUUGUCAUAGCCAAAUUAAUUCAAUCAAAGCGAAAUGACGAUAAAUUCGCAUUUGCCAUCACAGCGCCCAAUCAGCACAACGAAUUGACAUUGGAAUCGUCCAUCAUCGUACACCAGCAGCAAAAGAAGAGCCACGGAUGGAACGCAAUCGACAUCGUGUGUCAACACUAUCCGAAACUGAAUUUAAUCGACAUCGUUCGCCUCCUGAGCGACGCCGACAUAGCCGACUAUUGGAAUCACAUGAACUUCCUCGCCUUGUGUCGCUUCUACGACAAAGCAAAUCUAAUCGACUUGAUUCGACUGUUCCUGGAGCGCGGAGUGGAUCUCAUCAAUUGCAAGACGGACGACGGAUGGAACGCCCUGCUGCUCGUCUGUCGCUACUACACCAAGGAGAACUUGCUGGAAAUAGCCCGGCUGCUGCUCGCGCGCGGAGUCGACGUCAAUUGCAAAACGAACGGAGGAUUGAACGCGUUGCAUUUGGUGUGUCGAUACUACGAAAAGGAGAACCUGUUCGACAUCGCGCGAUUGUUUUUCGAACGCGGAAUCGACGUCAACUGUCAGUUCGAGGACGGCUGGAACGCUUUGCUCUUCUUCUGUCGAAAUUAUCAGAGAGACAAUCUACUCGGCAUCAUUCGAUUGUUUCUGGCUCAAAAGGUGGACGUCAAUUAUCAGACGAAAGGCGGCAACAACGCCCUCCAUUUCUUGUGCCGCUAUUACGACAGGAGAAACUUGAUCGAAAUCAUUCGAUUGCUGCUCGAACGCGGCAUCGACGUCAACAGCAAAAACAGCGAGGGAUGGAACGCCCUCUACUUGGUGUGCAGAUAUUACGAGAGAGACAAUCUAAUCGAAAUCGUCCGAUUGUUCCUCAAACGAGGAAUCGACGUCAAUUGCAAAAAUAGCGAAGGAUGGAAUUCGCUCCACUUGGUGUGCCGAUAUUACAAGAGGGACAAUCUAAUCAAAAUCAUUCGACUUCUCCUCGACAAAAACAUUGAAAUCAAUUGCAAAACGAAUAGCGGAUGCAACGUCCUCCACAAUGUGUGCCGCUAUUAUUCGAAUGAUCAUCUCAUCGAAAUCGUUCAACUGCUUCUCGAUAACGGAAUUUUCGCUAGUUUCACCAAUAACGAAGGAUGGAACGCCCUCCUAAAUGUGUGCCGCUAUUACCCGAAUGACAAUCUAAUCGACCUGGUACAACUCUUCCUCGAGGAGGGUAUCGACGUCAACUGGGCCAACAACGAAGGAUGGAACGCUCUACAUUUGGUCUGCCGAUAUUAUAAACAAGACAACGUCAUCGACAUCGUUCAACUCUUGUUGGACUACAACAUCGACGUUAAUGGCAAGACAAACAACGGAUGCAACGCCCUCCAUUUCGCGUGCGGCCGAUAUUAUCAAAACGACAAUUUAAUUGAAACUGUUGAACUGCUGCUCGAUAGCGGCAUCUCAGUCAAUUGCAAGAACAACGACGGAUGGAACGGCCUGCACAACGUGUGUCGAUAUCAACGCAAAAAGAACAUGCUAGAACUCAUUCCGCUCUUAAUUCGGCACAAAAUUAGCAUAAACGCCGUGACGACUGGAGGUAAAACUGCCCGAUCUAUCCUCUUGGGUCGAUACAAAGAGGAAAGUGUCAAAGAAAUUUUGAAUAUUUUAGAUUUGAACGCAUCUCAAUGUUAAUAACAGCAUUUACCCUAUUCUGAAUACACGAUUAAUGAAUAAACA